AUGGCCCUGGAGAGAAAAGAUUUGGGCUGGAAGGUGGGUGAUGAUAAAUGUACAUUCAGUAUUAGUUGCUCCGUAGACUCUUCAGCUGCUGCUGCUGCUGCUGCUGUUGAUGAUGAUGAUGAUGAUGAUGAUGAUGAUGAUGAUGAUGGUGGUGGUGGUGGUGGUGGACUUGGUCUGUUCGGCUGA